GGCAGUGAUCCGAGAGCGCGCUCAGCUGGUGUGAGCGUCCCACUGACCGUCAAACGCUCCAGACGCGUUUCCUCAGGACCGGUGCUGCAAUUCAGUGCGCACCGGGCAUCGCCACACUAUUUCAACACUGUUUCAACGUGGAGGGCUUCACCUGUUGCUGAGGUGCCCUUGGUGCUGUGGAACCGGUGCUGGUCAUGACUGAAUGCCAACAUUGAUCUGUAUGCUGUGAAGAGACCAACAUCUGGUGGAUUCUACAUUUGGGCCCAACCAUGUUCCACUUGAUCAAGAAAGAUAAAGACAAGGAGAAGGAUGGAACAAAAAAGGAGAAGAAGGAGAAGAAAGAGAAACAAGAGCGAAUGUCUCAAGCCGAGCUGAAGAGCCUAGAGGAAAUGAGCAUGAGGAGAGGUUUCUUUCAUCUUCAUCGAAGCAGCUCUAAACGGGAGGCGAAAGGGAAACUGGAGAUUUCCAGCCCCAUUCCCAUCAAGGUCGUCCGAAACACAGAGCUCAGCCUGACAGACGCGGACCUCAGGAAACUCUAUACUCAGGGUACCAUAACACCCACGAGCUCCAGUGAUGACAUUAAGCUGGACCAAGACGUCCGCCGAUCAUCCAUCAAAGAACAGGCAGUCAAAUACGACUCCAUGAGGAAGCAGAAUUCCCCAGUCGAACAAAUCUUGAAGCGGUUUUCUUUCUCACAGAAGAGCAAAGAUGAAAGCCCUUCAGGGUCAACUGCACCAUCAGCGCAGAACUCCGCCAUUCCCUCACCUCAGGUAGUGGUCAAGGUGUUCAAUCCCCCACCUCUAUAUACACCUCACCGUCCCACCAGCCCUGCAAAGAGCAUCCAAGUCCCAGAGAUAGUGGACCGAACGUUCCCAGCAGACUUGCGCUUGCCUGCUGUGGCACCUCCGCAAAUUCCUGCACCAAGAGAGUUGGAAAUUCAGCGCCGCAACACGGGCGAUUUCGGCUUUUCCCUUCGUCGUACCACCAUGGUGGACCAGCGGCCCGAUGGGUCGCUCUAUCGAAAGGUGGUCCACUUUGCCGAGCCUGGCGCUAGGAAUCAGGACCUGACUCUGGGGCUGGUGCCAGGCGACCGUCUGGUAGAGAUCAAUGGGAGGAACGUGGAAAGUAAAAGCAGGGAUGAGAUCGUGGAGAUGAUCAGGCAGUCUGGAGACACAGUAUGUCUGAAGGUGCAGCCCAUCGUGGAGUUGAGCGAGCUGAGCCGCUGUUGGUUGAGGAACACCAGAGGCCCGUACCGCGAUGUUUACGAGGUGAAGACGGAGGAGCAGCUUGCUGCAGAGAAGGCCUGGUAUAACACUGAGAAAGUCUGGCUUGUCCAUAAAGAUGGCUUCUCUUUGGCUACACAGCUCAAGACAGAGAUGGGUUCUCUCCCAGAGGGGAAAGUGAAGAUCAGACUGGAGCAUGAUGGGACAGUACUGGAAGUGGACGAGGAUGAUGUGGAGAAGGCAAAUCCUCUAUCAUAUGAUCGAGUGGAGGAUCUCUCCUCUCUUCUGUACCUCAACGAGUCCAGCAUGCUUCACACCCUUCGUCAGCGCUAUGGUGGAAACCUCAUUCACACCUAUGCUGGGCCAAAUCUUCUGGUGAUCAAUCCUCUCAGCACCCCUGCCUUGUACUCAGAGAAGGUGAUGCAGAUGUUUAAGGGCUGCCGGAGGGAGGAAACAGCUCCUCACAUUUUCGCUGUUGCUCAGUCGGCAUAUCAUCAGCUGCUGACCACACGUCAGGAUCAGACCAUCGUGCUGCUGGGCAAGAGUGGCAGCGGAAAGACCACUAACUGCCAGCACCUGCUACAGUACCUGGUCACCAUCGCAGCCGGCAGUGGAAAGGUGUACUCAGCUGAGAAAUGGCAGGCAGUCUACACGGUUCUGGAGGCUUUCGGGAACUGCAGUACAGCUAUGAAUGUGAACGCCAGUCGCUUCUCACACAUAGUCUCUCUUGACUUCGACCAGGCAGGACAGGUGGCCUCUGCCUCUGUUCAGACCAUGUUGCUGGAGAAGUUCAGAGUGAUCAGACGACCAGAAGCAGAAUCAAGCUUCAAUGUGUUUUACUAUCUGAUGGCUGGAGCAGAUGCAGCUCUAAAGACUGAACUUCAUUUUAAUCACUUUGCUGAGAACAGCGCAUUCGGGCUCCUCCCUCACUCAAAGCCUGAGGACAAGCAGAAAGCCGCUCAGCAGUUCACUAAGCUACAGGCUGCCAUGAAGGUCCUGGGCAUCUCUGCUGAAGAACAGAAAACCGUGUGGCUGAUCUUAGGGGCCGUAUACCACCUCGGUGCCGCUGGGGCCACCAAAGAAACAGAUGCAGCAGGCCGAAAGCAGUUUGCCAGGCACGAGUGGGCACAAAAAGCAGCGUAUCUCCUGGGCUGCACACUGGAAGAGCUGUCAUCCGGCAUCUUUAAAAUGCAGGGCAAGGGCACACUUCCCCGCUCCUCAAGUGUCCGACAGAGUACGGAUGAUACGGAUAGCUCAGUGUCUAAAGCAACAGCAGCUGAGUGUUUGGAGUUCAUGGCGUCUGGUUUAUACUCUGAGCUUUUCACACUCAUUAUCUCUCUCAUUAACAGAGCGCUGAAGUCCAGUCAGCAUUCUCUCUGUUCUCUGCUGAUUGUGGACACACCAGGGUUCCAGAACCCUCGUCAGGUGAAGAACCAGCGUGGCGCCACGUUUGAGGAGCUCUGCCAUAAUUACGCUCAGGAACGUCUGCAGACCCUGUUCCAGGAGCGAACAUUCGUACGGGAACUGGAGCGUUACAAAGAGGAAAACAUUGAGAUCACAUUGGAUGACCUGGAGCCCAGCCCUUCUCGCUCAGUAGCUGUGGUUGAUCAGUCCUCCAGUCAGACCCUGGUACGUACUCUGUCCCGGACAGAUGAGGCCAGAGGUCUGUUCUGGCUGAUGGAGGAGGAGGUUUUGCAGCCGGGAGGGUCAGAGGAAACACUCCUGCAGCGACUCUUAAGUUACUAUGGCCCUGCAGAGGGAGAGAGCACAGGUCACACAGUGGUGCUAAAAAGUGAAAACACACAUCACUUCCUGCUCGGCCACAGUCACGGGACAGAUUGGGUGGAAUAUGACACACACGGAUGGCUGAACCUAGCCAGGUUAAAUCCCACCCCCCAGAACGCAGCCAAUCUGCUGCAGAACUCCCAGAAGAAGAGCAUCAGCGGGAUGUUUGUGGGCCGCUCCAGCAGUGCUGCGGUUUUGACCGGCUCCAUCGCCGGACUGGAGGGUGUCUCUCAGCUCGCCAUGCGUCGGGCCACCAGCAUGAGGAAGACCUUCACCACAGGCAUGGCAGCCGUCAAAAAGAAGUCUCUCUGUCUUCAGAUUAAACUCCAAGUGGAUGCACUGUUGGACACCGUGCGCAGAUCCAGGGUUCACUUUGUCCACUGUCUAUUACCCCGAGCGGAGGUUCUGAGGGCAACAGGGUCCCCAGAGGAGAGCUGUGACCCUGGACUCAUGCAGACAGAUGUGGCUUUGCUCAGGGCCCAGAUCCGUGGCUUCAAGCUGCUGGACAGCUUGAGGAUUUACAGACAAGGCUACCCUGACCACAUGGUCUUCUCUGAGUUCAGAAGACGCUUUGACGUUUUGGCCCCUCACCUGACCAAGAAACUAGGCCGAAACUACAUCGUGAAGGAUGAGAAACGAGCAGUAGAGGAGCUUUUGGAGUCUUUGGAAUUGGAAAAGAGCAGCUAUCACAUGGGCCUGAGCAGGGUGUUCUUCAGGGCUGGAACAGUGGCUAAACUAGAGGGACAGAGGGAUGAACACACCAGACAGAACAUCACGCUGUUCCAGGCCGCCUGCAGGGGCUUUUUGUCUCGACAGGCCUUCAAAAAGAGGAAGAUCCAGGAUUUGGCCAUCCGUUGUGUUCAGAAGAACAUCAAGAAGAAUCGUGGUGUGAAGGACUGGCCCUGGUGGAAGCUCUUCACCGCCGUACGACCUCUAGUAGAGGUUCAGCUCACCGAAGAACAGAUUCGAGGAAAAGACGAGGAGAUCAUGCAUCUGAAGUUGAAGCUGGAGAGGGUGGAGAAGGAAAGAAAUGAGCUACGGCUGACCUCGGAUCGUGUGGAGAGCAGAAUCACAGAGCUGACGGCAGAGCUUUCAGAUGAGAGAAACUCUCCGCUGGGAUGGAAAGAGGACCGGAUUGGAGGUGAAUGGAGGCUGAAAUAUGAUCGUGCCAUCAGAGACACAGAAUUCACAAAGAAAAAACUCCAGCAGGAGAUUGAUGACAAGGUGGAGACAGAACAACAGAACAAGAGACACUUGGAGAGAAAAUUAACGGACUUGCAGGCUGACCACGAGGAGUCCCAGCGAUCAGUCCAGCAGCUGAAGAAGAAAUGCCAGCGGCUGGCAGCUGAGCUGCAAGACACCAAACUGCACUUGGAAAAUCAAGAGGGACGCAACCAUGAGCUGGAGAGAAAGCAGAGGAAGUUUGAUGUGGAGAAGAACCAGUUUCAUGAAGAACUACAGAAGGAGAGGAACCAGCGGGAGAAACUGGGCCGAGAGAGAGAUAUGCUAACUGGCGAGGUGUUUACAAUCAGACAACAGCUACAGGAGAAGGACACAGAGCUGUGUACGGUCAGUCUGAAGGUAGAGCAGCUGGAAUCCGAGCUCCAGGAUCUCUCCUCUCAGGAGUCAAAAGACGAGGCAUCACUCGCAAAGGUUAAGAAGCAACUGCGUGAUCUGGAAGCAAAGGUCAAAGAUCAAGAGGAGGAGCUUGAUGAACAGGCUGGAACCAUUCAGAUGCUGGAACAGGCUAAACUCCGUUUGGAAAUGGAGAUGGAGAGAUUGAGACAAACGCAUUCUAAAGAGCUGGACAGUAAAGAUGAGGAAGUGGAGGACAUCAGACUGUCCUGCAGUAAGAAGCUGAAGCAGAUGGAAGUGCAGUUAGAGGAGGAAUAUGAAGAUAAACAGAGAGUUCUGAGAGAAAAGAGAGACCUGGAGUCCAAACUGAUGAUGGCACAGGAACAGGUUGGUCAGAGGGAUGUAGAGACAGAGAAACGUCUCAGGAAGGAUCUGAAGCGCACAAAAGUUCUUCUGGUUGAUGCGCAGGUGAUGCUGGACCACCUAAAGAGUAAUGUUCCCAGCAAAAGAGAGAUCAUCGCACUCAAAAAUAAGUUGGAGGAGUCAGAGUUUGCCUGCGCAGCCGCAGUGAAAGCACGCAAGUCUAUGGAGCUGGAAAUUGAAGACCUUCAUAUCCAGAUGGACGACAUCACCAAAGCCAAGAUGGCUUUGGAGGAGCAGAUAAGUCGUCUGCAGAGGGAGAAGAACGACCUGCAGUCUCGCUUUGAGGAGGAUCAGGAGGACAUGAAUGAACUCAUGAAGAAACACAAAGCUGCAGUGGCUCAGUCUACAAGAGAUCUGGCACAGAUCAGUGACCUACAGGCCCAGGUGGAGGAGGCCAUGAAAGAAAAACAAGAGAUCCAGGACAAGCUUCACUCCCUGCAGUCACAGCUUGAAUUUCAGGAACAGUCUAUGGUGGAGAAAUCGCUGGUCAGCCGCCAGGAAGCCAAAAUCCGUGAACUAGAGACCAAACUAGAAUAUGAGAGGACCCAGACCAAACGUCUGGAGUCUCUUGUAACACGGCUGAAGGAAAACCUGGAGAAGAUGACUGAGGAACGAGACCAGCGUAUUGCCAGCGAAAACCGGGAGAAGGAUCAGAACAAGCGCAUGCAAAGGCAGAUCCGAGACAUAAAGGAGGAGAUGACUGAACUGUCUAAGAAAGAGGCAGAAGCCAGUCACAAAAAACAUGACCUGGAAAUGGAUAUUGAAAGUCUGGAAGCAGCCAAUCAGAGCUUACAAGCAGAUUUGAAGUUGGCCUUUAAGCGGAUUGGGGACCUGCAGGCUGCUAUGGAAGAUGAAAUGGAGAUGGAUGAUGAUGAUGACCUCAUCAACAGUUUACAAGACAUGGUGACAAAGUAUCAGAAAAGAAAGAACAAAACUGGAGAUGAAUCGGAUAUGGACUCUGAGGUGGAGGACCGCGUAGAUGGGGUGAAGUCAUUGCUCUCCAAGAGCAAAGGAUCCGCCAAGACACUCUCUGAUGAGGGCACCCAGAAAACCACCAGACACACCAAUGCUGCUAAUGCAGAUGUGAAAGAUAUAAAAGAAGGGAAAGAGGGAAAAGAGGGGAAGGAGGAAGUAAAAAAGGAUUCAGAUGAGAGCCGUCCAUUGUCUGUGAUGAGCUCGCUCAGCUACAGGAAACGCUCCCACCAGAAGGACUGGAAUGGAGGUGCAGGGGAUGACAGCUCUCUCUUCAGUGCCCUUCGGGAGCAGCCGGACAUGCCUGACCGAUUGUCGUUGCGCAAAGCUAAAAGCAAAUCCACAGACAGGCCUCAGACUGGUGAUGACCUGGAUGACCGGGGUUCAGUGAUAUCCCAGGCUUACUCUGAGGCUGCCAGUAGGGCCAGGAAAGGUCUAGAUCGUCGCUGGACCAAAAGCAGUCCAGAAUUUGACAAAGAGUCCAUGGUGUCCUCGGUUGCCCCGAGCCGAGCUUCCACACGCCGUGGGAUAGACCAAGAUGAUGAUGCUCUGUCUGGUGUGAGCAGCUUCAGCUUGCGACGUAGUACUUCUUGGAUAGAUGACAGACGUAGUGAUUACGGGCCGACAAGUACCCAUAUGAGUCAACGAUCUAGAAGCCGAAGUCCUGGAAGCACCAGCGUCGGCUCACGAAUUUCCCUGGCCCGCAGCACCCGACUUAGUGAGUUUGGAGUUCGUUUGAAUAAUGAUGAUGUUGAUGACGAUGAUGAUGUUGACUCUGUGAGUGUGGCCGCAUACAGUUCACGCUCAGUGGGCCGUAGUCUGUCCACUCCUGCCCAGCUACGCUCCUCUGAGAACCCACUGGACGCUUCUGACGUUAAACCUGUGAGCCACCGCAACUACCUGGACCCCGAGCUAGAAAAAGCCAUCAAUGAAGUCCUGAGCUUCAAGCCAAUUAAAUUCAAACGCCGCAGCUUAGAAGACUCAGAUGAAGAAGAGGAGGGAGGUGGUGGUGCAGGAGAGGAAGAAGAUAGGAAGAGCAUCAAGAGUUUGUUGCAAGACAAAGACGAUGAAGGUCUGGGCCUUAGCGGGUCCAGUCUGAGACGCUCAGCUUCAGGUUCUGCUGUAGAUUCUGGACGUUCUGGAAGCUCAAUGAGUUCCUUCAGCUCCAAGAGCAGCAAGAAGAAGAACAAGAAGAAGAGCAGGCGCUCUGAGUCUGACAGCUCCUCCAAUGAGGGUCAUACUCGGCGGCAUUCCAGACAGAAAGAAAAGAGAAGAUCCAAAAGCUCAAGAAAGAAAGAAUCUGCAUCGUCCAAGUCUGAAUCUGACUCUGAAUCAUCAUCUUCAAGCUCUGCAUCAACAGUUUCAUACCGCAGCUCAAACAGCGUGAAGAGAACCCCAGGACAGAAAGAUGGGGGUCCAGAAAGUCCUGAUGAAGAACGACCCCCAAGCAAAAAAGAAAUAAAGAAACAGAAGAAGAAAGUGGACAGUCUGGUUAUGAAGUAUCUCUAUAAGCCUGACAGUGAUUAAGGAUCAUUAACAGCUCCUCACUCUACAGACCACACUCAGUGCAACAUGAUGAAGACAACACUGGACCAGAGAAAGACACUACACAAACUGA